GCUUCAGCACCACCAGCAUUUCUUCCCACUCCCCUUCGAAACCCAACUUCCCCAGAGAAACCCUACAUUUGCUCUUCUGUGUUUCGAUGUGAUUCUUGGAUUUGGCGUUGUCAGUGCUUAAUCCACAAGGUACGGCGGCGCCAUGGAGUCCCAACGCUUUUUGAGGAGAGCCGGGACUCUUCGCCUCGCCAUAUUAAUAAAGCAGCUUGGGUUGGCCUUAGCGACGCCGUGGCGAUGCCAUGGCACUGGGAAGGCUGGCCCAGAGCCUUCUCUGAUUCAUGGGGACUCCAGAAACCUCACGGGAGCCAUGCCCCGACCGCAUUCUUGAUGAUGUAGGGGGAGCUUUUGGUAUGGGUGCUGUUGGUGGUGCUGCCUUCCAUUUCUUGAAAGGCAUUUACAACUCCCCUAAGGGUGAGCGUUUGGUUGGUGCUUCACAAGCUGUUCGUAUGAAUGCCCCUCGUAUUGGUGGUAGUUUUGCAGUGUGGGGUGGGCUGUUCUCCACAUUUGACUGCACGAUGGUGUACCUUCGACAGAAAGAGGAUCCAUGGAACUCCAUUAUAGCUGGUGCAGCAACUGGAGGCUUCCUGCAGAUGCGCCAGGGUUUGGGUGCUGCCUCACGGUCAGCAGCAUUUGGUGGCGUAUUACUUGCUUUGAUUGAGGGAGCCGGGAUCAUGCUAAAUAAAGUCAUGAGUGCACCGCAGAACUUACCACCCAUGGAGGAGCCUCUACCUAAUGUCACAGGUGUGCCUGGCUAUCCAAUGGGGCAAAUUCCAAAUCAAAAUCCGGGAAAUGUUGAAAGUGCUGCAACAAGUUCUGCAUCGUCGUCUUCAUGGUUUGGAGGCUUCUUUGGGAGCAAGGAGGAGAAGGAGGGUGGCGAUGGAAGCAAGACAAAGGUUUUGGAGAGCUUUGAUGCUCCAAAUCCACCAUCGUUCGAGUACAAAUGAAGCCAAUGGGAUAUAAAUAUCUGGUCUUCAAGCUCAUGUCAGUCAGAUGGAAAAUGUUGUUAUCUUGCCAUCUUGGAGCUCAUCUAAAGGCGACGAAAAUGAUGGAAGGUAACUGGCUUUAAACCCAGCAAUUCUUUUCGGAUUUAAUGACUUCGAAAUAUGGUGGCUAAAAUAGGCAUGUCUUGUUUCUGCAAUAGUGAAUCAUCUUGCAUUAACAUUUUGGUUCAUUUUAGGAUUAGGAACAGGAGCCUUGAUGCCUAUAAAUGUACAAGUAUGAAAAGGAAAAAAGUGAAAUAAAUAAACAAAAACUUAAAAUUGUGUUUA